UUAUCCUUAACCACAAAACAAACGUCACAACUCCGUCACCGCAAACUAGGCAGAUUAUCUGGUUUUCCGGCGGUUUCUCGUUAUCUACGAGAGAGUGAGAGAGGAAAUACCUCGGGGUGAACUCGCUGCGUAGCCAAAGCCUCUUCAAUUUUGCUCUUUUGUUCAAUUCCGUCGCUUAAUUAUCUGGUUUUGCGUAUUUUGAAGAGUCAGUUUGACGAAUUUAUGCUGAAAUUUCGUUCUUUCUCUGUUUAUCUUUCAGCGACGAUUUUUCUGGGUUUUUCAGUUUUGGAUCAAUCCAUAAUCUGUCGUGAUUAGGGUUUUAUACCUUGAUGAGGAUUUACUGAAUUAGUUGUAUUAAAGAUGGCGAGAAAAGCUAACAAUAGUUUUUUCCUUGAAGAAUGGUUAAGGACUGUGAGUGGAAGUAGUGUCUCUGGUGAUCUAGUGAAGCAAAAUUCUGCUCCAUCUGCUAGGUCGAUUAUUCAAGCAUGGUCUGAGAUUCGUGAAUCUCUUCAAAACCAAAACUUUGAUUCACGUUACCUUCAAGCUUUGAGAGCUUUGGUUAGCUCUGAGUCCACUAUCCAUGUUGCAGAUCCCCAAGCAAAGCUACUUAUUUCUAUACUAGCUUUUCAAGAUGUAUCUCUUCCGUCUGAGUCUUACACACUUGUUCUCAGACUACUCUAUGUGUGGAUUAGGAAAGCAUUUCGACCGUCUCAAGCACUUGUUGGUGUAGCGGUUCAGGCCAUUCGUGGCGUUGUUGAUGACAGGCGUAAUCUCCAACCAGCCUUAGUAGCGCAGAGUGUUCUGGUUUCUGGUGCGUUUGCGUGUGUUCCUUCUCUGUCAGGAGACGUGAAAGUCUUAUGCUUGGAAUUGUUAUGCAGGCUUUUGGAAGAAGAGUACUCUUUAGUGGGAUCUCAAGAAGAACUUGUUCCUGUAGUGCUUGCAGGAAUUGGGUAUGCUUUAUCUUCUUCGUUGGAUGUUCAUUACGUCAGACUAUUGGAUUUAUUGUUUGGCAUUUGGUUAAAAGACGAGGGUCCUCGUGGCACUGUCACUUACGGUCUGAUGAUUCUUCAUUUGAUUGAGUGGGUUGUGUCAGGUUAUAUGCGGUCUAAUUCUAUCAACAAGAUGUCUCUUUUUGCGAACGAGGUACUAGAGACUUCUAAGGAAAAGUAUGCUGUUUUCGCUGUCUUCAUGGCAGCAGCUGGGGUAGUGAGAGCUUCCACGGCAGGAUUCAGUAGUGGUGCACAGAGUUUGGAGAUUUCUAAACUAAGAAAUUCAGCUGAAAAGCGAAUAGAAUUUGUAGCUCAAAUUUUAGUUUCUAAUGGUAAUGUUGUUACACUUCCAACCACACAGAGAGAAGGUCCCCUGUUGAAGUGCUUUGCUAUUGCAUUGGCUCGAUGUGGGUCUGUUUCUUCCUCUGCUCCUCUGCUUUUGUGUCUCACUUCUGCAUUGUUAACUCAGGUAUUUCCUUUAGGCCAGAUAUAUGAAUCAUUUUGCAAUGCUUUUGGCAAAGAGCCUAUUGGACCAAGACUCAUUUGGGUCAGGGAGCAUCUUUCUGAUGUUCUUUUCAAGGAAUCAGGGGCCAUAUCUGGGGCUUUCUGCAAUCAAUAUUCAUCAGCAAGUGAAGAGAACAAGUAUAUUGUGGAGAAUAUGAUUUGGGAUUUCUGUCAAAAUCUCUACUUACAGCACCGUCAAAUUGCUAUGUUGCUUUGUGGUAUAGAAGAUACAUUGCUUGGAGACAUCGAGAAAAUUGCAGAAUCAUCUUUCCUUAUGGUUGUCGUCUUUGCGCUAGCUGUUACGAAACAAUGGCUAAAACCAAUAGUGUCUAAAGAAAGAAAAAUGGUGACAUCAGUUAAGAUAUUAGUUUCGUUCUCCUGUGUAGAGUAUUUCAGGCAUAUUCGUUUACCUGAAUACAUGGAGACAAUUAGAGAGGUGAUUUCAUGUGUCCAGGAGAAUGAUGCUCCUUGUGUUUCAUUUGUAGAGUCCAUUCCUGCCUAUGAUAGCUUGACGAAUCCGAAAGACUUGUUUACGCAAAGGAUAAAAUAUGAAUGGUCAAGAGAUGAUGUGCAGACAUCUCGAAUAUUGUUUUAUCUUCGAGUAAUCCCAACUUGCAUCGGACGGUUAUCUGCUUCUGCCUUCAGGGGAGUGGUUGCAUCAACCAUGUUUUUAUAUAUUGGACAUCCUAACAGAAAAGUGGCGCAAGCAUCUCAUACGUUGUUGGCAGCAUUUCUCUCUUCAGCAAAAGAAUCAGAGGAGGACGAACGAACUCAAUUCAAAGAACAACUUGUUUUCUAUUACAUGCAACGAUCUUUGGAGGUUUACCCUGAGAUCACACCUUUUGAAGGUUUAGCUUCCGGCGUUGCAACCUUGGUCCAGCAUCUACCUGCGGGAAGUCCUGCUAUAUUUUAUUCUGUUCAUAGCCUUGUUGAGAAGGCUUCUACAUUUAGCACCGAAUCAUUGCAAGGCAGAAAGUCUGAUCCUGGUAAUCAGAUUCUUGAGUUGCUUUUGCGACUUGUCUCUUUGGUUGAUAUACAAGUAAGUUUCUUUUUUGGUCAUCUCCAUCUACUUGAGCUACUAGAAAAUGGUUACUGUGCUCAUACGUUAAUGUUCUCUCCGUCUUUGUAUACAUUUUUGUUUUGGUUUAGGUGUUGCCAUAUCUUAUGAAGUCAUUGGCACAGCUAGUUAUAAAGUUACCAAAAGAAAGACAGAACGUUGUGCUUGGUGAAUUGUAUGGUCAAGUGGCUGAGUCAGACGAUGUGAUUCGCAAGCCUUCUUUGGUCUCUUGGCUACAGUCACUGAACUACUUAUGUUCUAAUAACCGUACUGAAGUUUUAGCUUCUGGAUCAACGAUAGACACUUCGAACCAGUUGGCUGCUCGACUCUAGGGAUCUCCUCAUAGUUUACAAACAUGUGAAAUAGAAUAAAGUUUGUAUGACUUGUAUCAUGGAAUUAUGUUGAAAAGAAUUAUAAAUUAACAUCAUCUCCAUUUUUUGAUCAGUA